AUGGAUGAAUACUUACUAUCAUUAAGUGAAAAAAAAAGAUCAAAAGCAUUAAUUACAGAGGAUAUUGCUAAUGCAUAUUUGCAGAUUUUAAAUGACCCUAAAAAUACUUCUAUUUCAAAUCCUAAUAUACGUCACCAUGUUAAAAAUAACUAUUCAUCUCAAAGGAUCGGUGGAAUUGUAAUAUUAAUGCAUAAAGAGAAAUCGUCAAAUAAUUGGAAACCUGUAGCUUUAAAAGAAAGAUUAUACUAUAUUAUCGCAGAGAAGCAUCUGGCUGUUGGACAUGGGGGUGCAAGAGCUACUUAUAAACAAGUAUCAGAUAAAUAUCAUGGUAUAAAAAGAUGCUUGGUUGAUAAAUUUGGUGAAAUCAAACCUUUAGCCAUAAGACCUAUUAUUAGCAAGUUUUUUAUGCAACAGCUUCAG